AUGGGGUGCGGCUUCGACGGAAACCUUGCCGCUUUCGAAAGCCCGCUGACUGAAGACUUGGCCUUUCAUCAACUCGCUCUGAUACUGUCGGCAACGUUCAUGUGUCUUUCCGUCAGUAUCUCUUGCUGGCUAAUUUUAGACCAUGCGCUCCAUUACCUCAAGCCGUAUGAGCAGAAACACAUCAUCCGCAUCCUUGCAGUGGUUCCUACGUACAGUAUUCUCUCGUUUCUCUCCCUCUUGUUUUAUGACAAAGCCGUAUACCUUGAGCUCUUACGCAGCUGCUACGACGCAUUCGCCAUCGCCAGUUACUUCACGCUUAUGUGCCAUUACAUUGCACCGUCGCUCCACGAACAGAAAGAGUACUUUCGUAACGUGCGACCAAAACCGUGGAUCUUUCCGUUACGCAACGUGGCUAUCCCUAGGAGUGGCUUGACGUGGUUCAACAUCCUCUACAUUGGCAUUUUCCAGUUCUGCGUCACGCGUCCACUCUUCGCUGUAAUCGCAUUCGCCACGCAACAGACGAACCUCUACUGCGCGUAUUCCUCUGAACCUGACAAAGCGCACACGUGGAUCUCGUUGCUCCAAGGAGCAUUUGUGCUAGUCGCAAUGUACUGCCUGUCACAGUUCCACAAGCAGUUGAACGAAGACCUCGAGGCACACAAGCCCGCCCUCAAGCUACACUGCGUCAAGCUCGUCACCUUCCUCUGUUUCUGGCAAAAUUGGCUUUUCGGAAUUCUCGCUGGCCAAGGUGUGCUGCGUGCCACUCCAAGUAUCGCAGAUGUGGAUAUUCUUGUUGGCUUCCCGUGUAUGCUCAUCUGUUUCGAGAUGACCAUCUUUGCAGGUCUCUACCAUUGGGCGUUUCCUUACACGCCGUACGACAUUGACCAUCAACUUCGCGGUUCUGAGCGUCCUACUAAUUAUACAAGCGCCCCGCACAAAGCUAUAGUCGAUGCGAUGAACCCAUGGGACUACGUCAAAGCGGCGGCUCGCGGCCUCAGGUGGUUGUUCCAUGGUGUUCGACAUCGACGAGUUGAUGCAUCAUAUCAAGACAAGGAGGAAGAAGAUUCGGAGAAGGAGAGUGAAUUGGAAUAUGAUACGCCACAGGUCGUUCCGGGAUGGAAGGUUGUCUGCACCGAUCCCGAUGAACUCCUGCAUUCCACAGAUCGCGGUCCGCUACGUGGUGUUUGA